UCCUUACUCAGUAGUGUAACACGUCCGGGCAGAAUAAGCCACUACUUUGAAUGAGUUCACAGCUUGUUACUGCAGAAACUCCCCUGCCAUAGUUACUGGGGGACCUGCUUCCCAACCACAGCUCCUGGGCAGGAGGUGGAAUCACUGACACUGAGGAAAUAAGCCUGGAAGACCCCCCAAAGAUGCGAAAAUCAGAAGACGGAGACUCUGAUGUCCCCUACUAAUGAAUAUGCCUGAUCUGAAGACGUUUUGGUUCUAGAAAUAAGUUCCCCAUGCUGCACUCUGAUAUGUUUGUCUUCCUAGUACUCUAUCUGCACUCUCUUCCAUUGCCUGCCUCAGGACAGACUAUACCCAAAACAGAUCAUUCCAACUUUGUCCCAGACUCUGAAGGUGACCUGCUCUUUCUACUGGACAGUUCAGGAAGUAUCACUUAUGAUGAGUUUUCCAAAGUCAAGGAGUUUAUUGGGGACCUCCUCCACCCAUUCAAAUUUGGUCCACAUGACGUACAAGCUAGUGUUGUGCAGAUCAGCACAAACCCUACUUUGGAAUUUCCCCUCAAUCAAUAUAGGUCCAGUAACGAUGUCCAAAAGGCUAUUCAGAACAUAAAACAGAAUAUGGGGGAUACAAACACAGGCAAAGCACUUGAGUAUGCGAAAAAGAACCUAAAUACCGAAAAGUUUGGUUCUAGGGCUGAUGUCCCAAAAGUCUUGGUGUGGAUGACUGAUGGACUAUCUACUGAUGACAUAUCCCGGCCGAUUCAGCUUCUCAAGGACAUGGGUGUUUCAGUAUUUAUUGUUUGCACAACAGGUCGAGGAAACUACCAGGUUCUAUCCACAGCUGCCAGUCAACCAGAUGAGAAAUACCUAAAGUUUGUAGACAAGGAUGACCUUGGCCUCAUUACAAAGGAUCUACGGGACUCUAUAAUUGAAUUGAUCCAAGCAAAAAGACUACAGGCUCUGGAUAUAACACAUACAAGUUUUCGGUUGACCUGGCCAAGGCUACUAUCCAGAGAUACAGGACAUUAUGUAUUGGAAUAUGCACCUGUAGCCGAUCCAAGGAUGAAGUUACAGCACACCUUGCUGGGAGAUGAAACCAGUUUUGUUCUCAGGGACUUGACUUCAAAUACCACUUAUCAGGUUACAUUGGUCCCUGAAUCUAAUAUUGACUAUGUCCACCCUCAGACCAUCAAUGUCUCUACUCUUCAAGAUCUAAAGGAAGAAAGAAGUCUGGAGGUUUUCGAUAUAACAACUACAGGUUUUCAGCUGGCUUGGUCUAGGCUGUCUGGAGAUACCGGGAAUUAUGUUUUGGAGUACACACCUGUGUCUGAUCCAACAGGAAAGUUGCUGAAGACGUUGUCUAGAGAUGAGACCAGUGUGGUACUCAGUGCUUUAACUCCGAACACCACCUACCAGGUCAUACUUAUCUCUGACUCCAAUGAUCCGUAUGUCCAACCUGAAAUAAUUCAGGUUUCCACCCUCCCUGAUCUGAUCCAAGCAAGAAAUCUGCAGGUUCUGAAUAUUACGGCAACAAGUUUUAAUGUAACCUGGUUAAAGUUAACAGGAGACACAGGGCGCUACUUCCUGGAUUAUGCUCCAGUAUCAGAUCCAUGGAGAAAGCUAAGGAAGACUUUUUAUGGAGAUCAGAAUAAUGGGAUUAGCGGAUUGACACCAAAUACAGCCUAUCAGGUCACAUUUAUCCCAGAAUCCAGUUUGCAAUCAAUACAGUCACAGACUAUACAGGUCUCCACGCUACCAGAUCUGACCCAAACAAGAAAUCUUCAGGUUGUGAAUAUUACAGAAACAAGUUUUAAUUUAACCUGGUUAAAGGUAACCGGAGAUACUGGGCGCUACUUCCUGGUUUACGCUUCAGUAUCUGAUCCAAGGACAGAGUUCAGAAAGACAUUGUAUGGAGAUCAGACCAGUGUGGGGAUUAGCAACCUAAAACCAAAUACCACCUAUCUGGUCACAUUCAACCCUGAAUCCAGUUUGCAGUCUACACAGUCACAGAGUAUCCGGGUGUCUACCCUACCAGAUUUGAUCCAAGCAAGAAAUCUGCAGUUUCUGAAUAUUACGGCAACAAGUUUUAAUUUAACCUGGUUAAAGUUAACAGGAGACACAGGGCGCUACUUCAUGGAUUAUGCUCCAGUAUCAGAUCCAUGGAGAAAGCUAAGGAAGACUUUUUAUGGAGAUCAGAGUAAUGGGAUUAGCGGAUUGACACCAAAUACAGCCUAUCAGGUCACAUUUAUCCCAGAAUCCAGUUUGCAAUUUAUACAGUCACAGACUAUACAGGUCUCCACGAUAACAGAUCUGACCCAAACAAGAAAUCUUCAGGUUGUGAAUAUUACAGAAACAAGUUUUAAUUUAACCUGGUUAAAGGUAACCGGAGAUACUGGGCGCUACUUCCUGGUUUACGCUUCAGUAUCUGAUCCAAGGACAGAGUUCAGAAAGACAUUGUAUGGAGAUCAGACCAGUGUGGGGAUUAGCAACCUAAAACCAAAUACCACCUAUCUGGUCACAUUUAACCCUGAAUCCAGUUUGCAGUCUACACAGUCACAGAGUAUCCGGGUGUCUACCCUACCAGACCUGAUCCAAUCAAGAAAUCUUCAUGUUCUGAAUAUAACCACAAGGAGUUUCCACAUAGCCUGGUCACCAUUAUCAGGAGAUACAGGACGUUAUACUCUGAAUUUCGUAUUUGCUUAUAAACCAGGGGUAGUAUCACAGAUGACGUUGUAUGGUGAGACCAGUGCGGUGAUUGGAAACUUAACACCGAAUACCACCUACCAGAUCACUUUUACCCCUGAAUCCAAUCUGCAGCUUAUUCAGUCACAGACUACCCAGAUCUCUACCCUCCCAGAACCCAUCCAAGGAAGAAAUUUGCAGGCUCAGGAUAUAACAAGUACAAGUUUUCUUCUAACCUGGUCAAGGUUGCCUACAGACGAAGGGCUUUAUGUUUUGGAAUAUGUGCCCAUUUCUGAUCCAAGGGCAGAACAGAGGACUUUGUAUGGAGAUGAAACCAAUUUGAUUAUAAGCGGCUUAAGAUCAAACACCACCUAUCAGGUCACGCUGUUCCCACAAUACAGUACGCAGCAUGUUCAACCUGAAGUCCUCCAUGUGUCCACUGUGACGGAACGACAGCAAACAAGAAAUGUACAUGUUCGGGACAGAACGGCUACAAGCUUCCAGCUGGCCUGGGUGAGGCUGCUGGGAGAUAAAGGACCUUAUAUUUUAGAGUUUGCAAAGGUUUCUGAUCCAAACCGGAAGCAUAGAAAGUCUGUGGAUCAGACUAGUAUGAUACUUAGCAAUUUAAACCCAAAUACUCAAUACCAGGCCACAGUAUUUUCUGAGUCCAAUGUCCAAUAUGUUCCACCACAGACCAUCCAGAUCUCAACACUUCCAGAACAAAUUUGGCCAGCUCAGAUUUUGAUAUCUGACCCAAGUGCGCACAGUUUCCGCGUGACAUGGGGUCCCAGCCUUGACAGUAUUGCCGGUUAUGAAAUUCAGUAUGGACCAAUCCCCAGCAAUGCAGUACAGAACAUACAAGUUGAUGGCAGAGUGAAUAGCACUGUUCUGGAAGAUCUGAAAUCCAAUACAACGUACUUGGUUACAGUGGCUGCCAUAUUUAAAUCUGGUGGGGAAAAAGCAUUGUCAGCCAUAGCAUGCACAGGAAAUAAUGACACAAAAGUGAAGUACCUUAGUUUUGAAGAUCUAGGUGCGAGCAGCCUGAAGGCCACUUGGGCCUCUGCAGAUGGAGAAGUACAGGGCUACAGAGUAAGGUGCCGAAGACAAGCAGGCCGUUCCUCAGUAAUCAGUGUGGCUCCACAAACUCACAGUAUACAUUUGACAGAUAUACAAGAAGGGACCACAAACAAGAUCUGUGUUAAGCCAAUUUAUCAGAAUGGCACUGGGAGAAGUCUCUGCAGAACCGUACAGAAACAGCCAGGAACGUCUGCAAACCGUUAUUUGACAAUGCGGGCCCAGUAAAGACACUUUCUAAGAACACAGCAAUGACCAUCAUGGCUAGAGUUCAGAGAAGAGCUAGAUGACUGCAAACUCUUCUAUAGAAUAAGAAAUGCUACUAUGCCAUUGGGACUUUUCUGUGAAUGUGAGACAGCCGACAUUGUAGAGACAACAGUGGAAAGAGAGCUUGAGCAUAAGAACAGAUGGACCCUAAUAACCUGCAGCAUACAUGGCAUUAGUGAAACACACUCCUGAUGACUGCACUCAGCCUGUGUAUUUUAUUUAUAACCACUAACAUGACCAUUCCAUCUUCACACCGGAUAUAAAAAAUGACUGGGUGUCAAUGCAAAGAUAAUUAACUGCUAAAUGGACAUAUGACACGGACAAAGAAAAUGUUACAGUAGUUUGUGGUUCUAGAGAGAGCAAUGAAACUAAUGUUGUAUAUUUUAAUUAAUUCAUUAUAUGAGGACGCAAUCUGUUACAACAAAACAAUCUCUCCUGUGUAAAAUGAAAUUCUUCACAGGAGGACAAUAGUGAGAAAAUCCCCCCAGAAUGCGCAAUAACUAGAAACACUCCAUAGAGAGAAUAUGUAAAUACACACAUUUCUUUUUGUCAUAUCUGCAAACAUAAAGGAAAACUACACAAUUAUAUAAUAUUACAAAAUAAAAAAUAAAUCCUGUAUGAUUUAAUAAAAAGCUCUAAAUGGAAACCCACACUGGCCCAGCACUAAGCAUUCUGCCAGUCUGUCUUCACCUUGAUAAAACUUGGAAAGGGGCAGAGUCUCUAAACUUCAAAGUCCCAUGUUUUCCCUGCGUAUCUCCCAUGAGUAAUUUACUACAUCCUGACAGGGCUAUGAUACACAAAGAACACUUGCACCACCUCUACAUUAAGUAUUCUCUUACACAUGUGUGUCAAUGUAUGCCUUUAGUGUUCUAUGAAUAAUGACAAGUAUGUUCUCACAACAGAACUAUAAUAUGCUUGCUCUUUUGUCUUAACAGCGGUAUAUCUUUAGUUACAUCAAUUUUAGGCAAAAAGUUAUCAGUAUUACUUUUAUUACUAUUACUAUUUUCUUACUACAAUUAUUUUGUAGUUUUGGCUUUUAGGGGUGGAACUAGCAGUUGUGCAGCAGAUCCAUUGCACAAUGGCCUUUGGUGACUAAGGGGAAGAUGUACUAAGCAGUGAUAAAAGUGGAGAAGUGAGUCAGUGGAGUGCCCAUGUCAACCAAUCAGCAUUGACGUAACAUUUACAAUUUGAAUACUAUAAAAGUAUGCAGAGCAGCUGAUUGGUUGCCAUGGGCAACUUAUCCACUGGCUCACUUCUCCACUUUUAUCACUGCUUAGUACAUCUCCCCCUAAGGAUCAAGAGUUUUUCCCUAGCCCGUCACCUGACUAUUUUAAGCAAUGUCAUAUGACUGACCCAGCACAUUGGGGGUAAUUCUGAGUUGAUCGCAGCAGGAACUUUGUUAGCAGU